AAGCUAAAUUAUUUCUCAUUCUUAUUUGUUUCUUACUCUAUUGUUGUUUAGUGUAUUUCUUUCUGUUUUUGAACAAUUAAUCAACUUCUUAUUCGGUAUUUCUUUCGACCAAUUAUCUUUUAACGCGAUGAACGCAGAACCAGAUGAAAUAGUGAAUCUAAAUGUUGGUGGUAAUCGAUUCUCAACAUCCAAGAGAACUCUAGUCUCUAUCCCGGAAACAUUUUUCACUUGUCUUUUAUCGGAUCAUCAGCAGUUAAUUAAAUCACUUAAAGACUCAACGGGCGCUUUUUUCAUUGACCGUGAUCCCAAAAUAUUCACAGUUAUACUUAAUUACUUACGAACUCGACAACUGAUUAACUUGGACAACAUCCCAAUCGACGUACUUCUUCAUGAAGCGGAAUUCUAUGGAUUAACACCAUUGGUAAAGCGACUUAAGGCUUAUCAGGAAUUAGUUAACAAUGAUGUUUGUGGUGGGAAUGUGUUUUUCCAAGGGACUUUAAGUAGACCCGCAAGUUUGAGCGGCGAUGAUUCUGCCAGAGUCAUCAAAGUAUUAGCUCAACAUAAUGUUAUCGUUGUUUGUUUCAAGAAUCUACUUGUUUGUUAUUAUUUCCGUGAUUCGAUUGGAUUCCAAAAGAUCUUUGAGUCUGAAAAGCUUGAAAAUGAAAUUGAUGAUAUUGCUCUCUAUCAGAACUGUUUAGUUUUCCAUCCUUCUCCUUCUGGCAAAUUAGUAAUUGGAUUUUGUCAAAAUGAAUCAAGAUGUAUUAAACUCUGGAGCAUUUCCUUUCAAGAGCAUCAAGCCGUUCGAACUGAGAUUGGACCUUAUUCGCUUAAUGAUCAUCCAGUCGAUACCUUGUUCUUCAUUGGAUCUCAACUGGUUGCCCUCAGUCAUCAAAAGGGUUUGGUCGGUGUUUAUCAUGCUACGAGUCAGUAUUGGUUAGUCCAAGGGUUGAAAGAGUACAAAGGACAAACAAUUACUGCUUACGACAAGGCAGCUUCUAAUUUCUUACUGUUGGGGUCUAAAGUUGGUUCGUUAUAUCUGAUAGAUAUGCAGAAAUUUCCUCUUCGAAUGAAAGAUGGAGAUUUGCUAAUAAAUGAACUUUAUCAAGAUCCAGAGAACGAAGAAAUAACUGCCAUCUCAUGUUAUCUAACUCAAGAUCCUAAGAAUGAUGGUAAUUGGGUAGAAAUCGCUUAUGGGACCGCUGAUGGGACAGUUCGAGUUCUUAUCCAACAUCCUGAAACAGGAGGUCAUGGGCCAGUCUUAUUUCUCACAUUUAAAGUUCAUCUUCAUGGUAUUUCUAGUAUAAUGCUGAGUAAAAGUCAUCUUAUUAGUAUGUGUUCAAAAAGACAUGUUAGAACCUGGACCAUGACUCGAUUCAGAGGAAGAAUUUCAACUCAACCAGGAUCAACUCCCCAUGCAAGUUUCAGAGUUUUGUCCAUUGAUGAUUUACACAUGGAAGAGGAGUGUUGCCAAUCAUCAUCUUCAUCGUCACCAUCUACAAGCACGGGAACAAGGGGAAUGUCCAAAAGCAUCUCCGAUCUUUCUUGUAAUAAGAGAUAUUUAGAAAUUGGACCUUUUGGUGAUCAAGGUGACGGAGAUCAACUUGUAUUCAUAGAAAUGUAUCGAUCUCAAGCCGAUACAAUCCAUGUGAUGAUGGCAUCAGACGGGGAGCGCAAAUUGAGCUUACACUCAGUCGAUGGCUCUCCGAUCACAACUUACUUUGUCCACGAGUGCGAUACCAUUUCGAUGGUAAACCGAUCAAAAAGAUACAUUUUCACUGGACACGAAAAUGGAAAUGUUCAAAUAUGGGACUUGAGUUGGGCUCUUGAUUCGGCAUCUAAAGCAUCCAAGGCCAUUGAGGUUCCGGAAAAAGAACUUUUAAAACAAGUCUUACUUUAAAUUAAAUCUUUUCGAGAUUAUCAAGAUUAACUUAUUCAUUACGAUUCGAUAAACAUUCAAAUUAUUUGUUGA